GCGCGCAGCGGGGGCGGCGCGCAGCGAGCCCGGGCGGCGGCGGCGGCGGCGGCGGGUGCGCGGCGCUGCGCGGCCGCGGCCAUGGCCUGCGACUCGGAGGUGCUGCGCUUCCAGUUCGCGCAGCAGGGCGACGCGGUGCUGCAGCGCAUGAACCUGCUGCGGCAGCAGAACCUCUUCUGCGACGUCUCCGUCUACAUCAACGACACCGAGUUCCCCGGCCACAAGGUGAUCCUGGCCGCCUGCUCCGCCUUCAUGCGCGACCAGUUCCUGCUCACCCAGUCGCGGCAGGUGCGCAUCAGCAUCCUGCAGAGCGCCGAGGUGGGCAGGAAGCUGCUGCUCUCCUGCUACACCGGCGCGCUGGAGGUCAAGAAGAAGGAGCUGCUCAAGUACCUCACGGCCGCCAGCUAUCUCCAGAUGGUGCACAUCGUGGAGAAGUGCACCGAAGCGCUCUCCAAAUACCUGGAGAUCGACGCCUCCGUGGAGAGCGGCGACCGCGACGCGGAGAGGUGUCACUCCUCGGACGCCGAGCUGAGGAGCCGGGACGAUGCUUUAGAUAAGGACUGCGAAAUAAUCGAGAUUGCCGAAGACAGCCCGGUUAACUUAGAGUACGCCGUGAAACGGGAGAAGGGGGAUAUCUCGCGGCCUGCGGCGCAGAGCUUAACGUCAGAGAGAAAGGACGCCAAAACCCCAGAAAUAUCAACAGUUGAAAUAGGCUAUAAGGAUGAUGACAUUUGUAUCUUCAGAAUGGAUUCUGUGAGUGCAGCUAACGUAGAAAAUGAUCAUUUUCCUCAGCCUUGCACUUCCUCUAAAACAAGCUUAUAUUUUCCAGAAACCCAGCACUCUCUGAUAAAUUCUACAGUUGAGAGCAGAAAUACGGAAAUGUCAGGAAAUCACUUCCAGGCUUUUGUCAAUGAUAAUCCAGAAGGAACUUCUGGUGUGAUGAAUGGGUUUCAGAGUCUGGAUGAUCCUGGUAAUUCGUGGCGGCACCAAUGUCCGAAGUGUCCAAGGGGGUUUCUACAUCUUGAGAACUAUCUUAGACAUCUGAAAAUGCACAAACUCUUCCUGUGUUUGCAGUGUGGCAAAACAUUUACACAAAAAAAGAAUCUCAACAGACACAUCCGGGGGCACAUGGGUAUCCGCCCGUUCCAGUGCAUGGUGUGCUUGAAGACGUUUACUGCCAAAAGUACGCUCCAGGACCACUUGAAUAUACACAGCGGUGACCGGCCCUACAAGUGUCAUUGUUGUGACAUGGACUUUAAACACAAGUCUGCUCUUAAAAAACACCUGACUUCUGUUCAUGGAAGGAGUAGCAGUGAAAAACCAAACCUGAACAGUAUUACGAAAGUUAAAAUAGACUACGAUUAAUAGAUGGGCAGAUGCGGAGCCCGGCUCCACCAGAUGCUCCGGUCUAGUGAUAUUCUAGAUGUUCAGCAGAUCCCCCCUUAAUAGAGAGAAGCACAAAGAUGUGAUGGGUGAUCAAAGACAGGCUUUGCUCGUAGUAAACUUGCCUGUGUAUUAAGGCUGCUAUUGGUGUAAGUAUUCAGAAGCUGUUUAGUAGUUGAAAGUAAACCACAAAAUAUGAGAAAUGAUUUUAUGCUUCUCUUCUACUAUUCCUGAUGUGAAUAUCUGUUCCACUUUUUUUUUUCUUCCCCCCAGUCAGGUUUUGCACUCCGCUGUUUUGAGGGUAGGUGCUGCCAAUUUUCAAAGUAUUGUUGACACUGCAAUAAGCUGAAGCCUGAGCCAUGAUGUUCCUGAUCCAAAAUGGCUAAGGAAAGGGGAUGUUUGUAUUUAUUCAAUCACCUGUACCCGUUUCAUGUAUCAUUUCAUGGUGAAAUCAGCUCUGUACUUGACCAAAUUUUGCUGAUUCUUUCAACAAAAAGAAAGCAUGUUGUCUUAUUCAAGUCUGUGAUAUUUAAGAAACAAGCAAACAACCUAUAGUCAAGGAAGCUUUGAAGUUGCAUUUUACAAAUAGAUAAUUGGUAAAAGACAAAAGCAAACAUUAUUGCCUUGCAAUUCAUUUUUAACUGGAUAGUCUCAUUAGAAGGACUUGCAUUCAAUUUUAUGAAUGAGUUGUGAAUUUUUCUAAACCUCUUUCUUCUGAUCAUGUUUCUUGUCAUGUUGGUGUUUAGCACCUUUAUUUGACUAAUUCUAAGUUAGUCCAGUUUGCUGAGGUGUAUUGUUACAUUUGUCUUCAUUUUUUUUAUAAAUUUUAGAUAUAUACACUAAUGUGAAAACUUGAACUGUGCACUGUUAUGUAAUAGCGGUUUCUAUAUUCAUUUUGAAAAUCAUCCUUUGUAUCUUAAAAGGAAGAGUUUAGAUAUAGCGGUUUUCUCAUACUCUAAUUGUGUGAUACAGUAAAACAGUACUGUGUGUGCUUGGGUAGAUACGUUUGUACUUUGUCAAGGGUCAUUUCAGUUUCAUCACCAGCAUCGAAAACCCUGUAACUCAGAAUCUUUAUCUUGUACCUGUUUUUGACUGGUAGGUUACUUCCGCUUAAUGUGAUAUGAAUGAACUGCCAAUUCAGUUGUUAUAAUUAUGAGUAAUGCUACUUACAUUAGAUUCUGUCCAAUUAGCAGCAGCAGUAGUUCUUAAUCUUCUCUGUAUCACGUACCUCGCCUCAAGUUUCAGAAGUGCUGUUGUGAAGUUCUAGCUCUGAGCGCUUGAGCUGCAGAAGUCUGGCACUUGCGCUGCAUAACUUGUCUGUUUUUAAAAUAUAAAACAACAGUUUUUAAUGUCAGUUAAUGGGUUUACCUUACUUUCCAUGCAUGUAUCUGUGAGUGCAUCAGGCAUUGGUGUUUUAUUCAUUAGCUCCUUGAUGGUUUGGGUACGUACAAUACAUACUGUGCUAUUUCCUAUUAUUAUCUGUAAUAGGAAUGGUCAGCUCUGCUAGUGUUACUACUGUCUUAUCUAUUGGAAGCAUCAAUUGAAGAGUUUUAAACUGGCUUCAGAAUGGAUUUUUAAGCUCUUCAUUUGAUAUCAUUCAGUACUUUAUUAAUAAAUGUGUAUUACUUGGAUUGCAGUGAUAUUUGCAGGUCUCAGUUCAGACUAGGGUUGGUCGUGUAUGCCUUCCUCAAAAAACAUGUAGUCUAGAUAGACAAGUAUGCUUUGUUACAGAUCUGAAGCUGAGUGAGCCACUAGUAUGGUAUUCCUCCAAAAAUUCACAAAAAAAUGUUUGACUUUACAGGUGCAGUUAACUUCUGAAGGACUCCUCCGUUGUACUGAUUCAUCGGAGAGGCAUGCAUGCAAAGUCUGUAUACCAGUGUGUCCCUAAGAAUAGUGACAAAAAUGACACUCCCAGGGUAGUACAUAGUGUAGCUGUGAAUUAAAAUUACCUAUUGAACCCAGUGCUUUAAGCAUAAGGCCCAACCUUUCACAGUCUCUGCUCUUACGUUGUAUUAAAAGUUGAUCAUCUGCUUUAUUUUGGUGAUUUCAGCUAUGGUAACUGUCAUGCUAAUGUUUGGGAAUCAUCUUGUUCAUGGUGCAACAGCCUCACAUCUUGGAACAAUUGCAUUUCAUAGUGCUUUCUUUGAUUUGUGAUCAUCAGUCAAUGUUUACAGCCGUUUUGACCUUGUGAUUAGCACUGAGUUUGCUUGUAUUUCACAAAGUACCAUUAAUUUCUGGUUCUUAAUUGCAUCAAAAUUAAGAACCUGACUUUCAAAAGCAUGCUAAUAUUAUACACUUGCAAUUCCUCUAUUUACAGAUGUUAACGUGGGUAUAUAUACAGGUUUGUAUGUAGCUUUUCAUUUCAUCACUUAUUUAAAAUGAAGUCCUUCAUCUUUGAAAGAGGGAAAAAGGUUUAUUUCCCUCCCCCUAUUCUUUUCACACGGGGCUGCUGUUCCUGUAGUUCAAUAAAUAAAUGUAUUGUGCAGUUAAGGGACAGGUUUGGUUUAACUGUGCUUAAAUUUGUUCAGCUACUACGCAUUUUUGGUGAGCGUGUGGUUCUCACUGAUAGCACUUCAAAUGGUCAUUCCUUGGGUUUGUUUGACCAGUUCUUAUGGGUGUACGCAUGGACGUUUCCCUGUGUGACAAGGGGGAAAUAGAGGCUGAUCUCUUGAAGUGCAUCUUCUGUGGGAGCAGGAUUGCUAGUUUUUCUGUCUGCUGUUGUACUGCAUGUAAACAUGAGAGGGAGUUGUGUUGUGUGACAGGCCAACCGCAUGUUCUGUUCCAUGGCUAGAAUGUCUUCUUGAUAAGCUUUGUUAUCAAAAACUGAUUUUGUGCACAUGUUCACAUAAAAGGUGUUUCCUCUCCCCUUUCCUUACAUGUAACCACUUGUCUAGUCAUAACGUAAUAAAUGCAAGUAAGACAUUA